UCAACUUCCGGUUGUAAGUGAAUCACCGACGCAAGAUUUGACAGGGAAACACCUUCUUGUUGUUUAUUUCAUUUUCAGCAAAAAUCAUGGAUUGAGUUUGCUGGAUUUCAAUUUAACAUAUUGCAUCUAACACACAGAUAUGUCAGAAGACAAGAUUGAUGCUCUGUCCAUCACUGAUGAUGAGGGUGAAGAUUCAGAAGAAGAUCUAAGAAACUUUGAGAAGAAGGGUGUGCUUAGCAAGUGGACAAACUACUUGCAUGGUUGGCAAGACCGAUAUAUUGUCUUAAAAGAUGGAACUCUUAGUUACUACAAGUCCGAAAAUGAUCUAGCAUUUGGAUGCAGAGGAGCGGUCAGCUUGACACGAGCAUCAGUAACGCCACAUCAGUUUGAUGAGUGCCGCUUUGAUGUCGCUGUCAACGACUCAGUAUGGUAUCUGAGAGCAGAGAGUGAGGAUGAACGUCAAGUAUGGAUAGAUGUAAUAGACAACCACAGACAGACUGAGUCGGGAUAUGGUAGUGAAAGUAACCUCCGUAGGCAUGGAUCACUUAUUUCCCUUACAUCAGGGACUAGUAUGUCAACAGCAUCAACCUCAUCGUUCAAGCGAGGACGAGGUCUUCGUGAGAAGUUGAUGGAGAUGGAAACAUUCCGAGAUAUUCUCUGUCGUCAGAUAGAAACUCUUCAGAGCUAUUUUGAUAGUUGUGCUUCAGCAGUUGCCCAUGGAACAGUCAAUGAUUUAACAGAAGAUGACAUAGGAGACCCAGAUGACCUUGACCAUGGGGAUGUCCAUCAACAGUCAGGGGUCAGCUACCCUGGACAUUCUGCCAAAGAUUUAGCAUCAAUAUUACAGCAGCAUGGAGCGCACUCUGUGGAUUUUAAAGGCGAGUCUUUCACUUUCAAGGCAACAACAGCAGGUAUUAUAGCAACACUGUCUCACUGUAUAGAGCUCAUGUCACAGAGGGAAGAUGCAUGGAGAAAGAAAUUAGAGAAGGAAGUAGACCGAAGAAAGAAAUAUGAAGAUGCAUACAAAACAUUGUUAGAGCAACAUAACAAACAACAACAAAAUGCCUCAAGACUAGCCGGACCUGACUUCGAGGAAGGUCCUCACUCAGUGAUUAAAGAGGAUGAAUUCUUUGAUGCUAUUGAUGCAUCACUUGAUAAAUUGGAGAAGGAAGAGGAGGAUAAACGAUUAGUACAGACAAAAGCAAGACCUCCUCCAAAGAUCCAUCUUUCUCCUGAAAACUCAUACUAUGAACAGAUCAAUAAAAUAGUAAACACACAUAUUCAUCAAUUGUACGAGAAAACAAUGGAAGGCAAAGACGUGUGGGAAUGUAUAGCAGAAGAUGGCGAGCUCAAGGUUUAUAAACGGGAGCUGGAAGUUGACGGUGUUGUCCUCGAUCCAUUGAAGGCUGUUCACACAGUAACGGAUAGCAUUGAGGAGGUAUUAACUAGGUCAGAUACGGUUGCAUUACGUUCAACCAGUACAUACGAGGGUAUUACAGGCCACGAGGUUUGUCGUCAUUUCUGGGAUAUCAAAUACAGAAUGGACUGGGAAGCUACCCUAGAUAGUAGCAACGUUGUGGACUGGCUAUCUGAUGACACAUUUAUAUGUCAUAAUAUCAUAAAACGUGUAUGGCCGGCGUCUCAGCGCGAUGCUCUGUUCUGGACUCACAUUAGACACGUGCAGGGCGAGACUGAUGAGGAACCAGAUUUAUGGAUAGUUGUCAAUUAUUCCACGAACCUUGAUAGCAUACCAUCCAAUAAAUACGUACGUGUAACAAUGAAUGUUGCAAUGGUUUGUCAAACUAUUAUUGAACCACCAGUUGAAGGUGAAAUAACCAGGGACAAUAUUAAAUGUAAAAUUUCCUAUACUGCUGAAGUUAAUCCAGGAGGCUGGGCGCCAGCUUCUGUUCUUCGUGCCGUCUACAAGAGGGAGUACCCAAAAUUUCUGAAAAGAUUUACCUCUUAUGUUAGAGAUGCUACAAAAGAUAAAGAAAUUUUGUUUUGAACUGUUAGUUUCUUGUUUUAGUUCAUAAUCUAUAAUUAACUGUACCAUGCAAACGUAGAAGUUGUGAAGAACCAGUCUAAUGGCAGGAAGUGGAAAGAGAAUGAAAGUGAGGCUCGCCUAUUCCCUGUUUCUGGGCCUGAAGCUAAAUCAUUACUGAAUCAGGCCAGGUACCACAGACUUUAGAAGUACAGCUUUACAAAACUGUGUGCGUAAGUUGCUGUGAUGGUCAGUCCUGCUGAAUGUAAACUGAAUUUUUUUUUUAUAAUUUUCAGUUUAGAGGUACUUAUUAAAAUGAAAAAUAUUCAGUAUCUUUAGAUACAACAGAAUAUAACAGAAAGUGGAAAUCUGACAUUGGUAAAUAACAGAAGAUGAGAAAUACAGUUUGAAAUACUUGUACAAACAUACUAUUCUGUAGAAUUUUAUUGUUUGAGUAAAUGAACAAGGCUCUUCAGCUUUCAUGGUCAGAUAUGCAGCGGUAAAUUUAAGAGUUCAUAUGAGCAGGAAUUAAAUAUGCAAGCAUCUGUAUGAUGUACUAAAUAUUUUGUAAAAAGGAAACGUCACAGAAAAGUCAAUGUUACUUUUAGAAAGAUAAAUACGUUGAAAGUUUGCAAAUUUGAAGUCAAGUUGUAAUGAAUCUUAAGUUAUGAGAAACAAAAUUUGAUGUAAUAUUUGUCUCUCACUGACUGGCAGUUGUAAGAAAACAACUUUUAACUAAGUAGAUAUUUAACAGACUUUUUUCACCCCCCAAAAAUGGUCAAGAAGAUAUUUUAAUAAUUAAAUAUUUCAUUAUUUUUAAAUGUCAGACAUGAUUUAUUAUUAAAGUGUUUAAUGGACCAGUGAUAUUUUUUUAGCUGCAAAGCAGGGAAAGAUAGAAUUUUAUAAAAUUUGUGUUUUUUUCUGUCGUCCUUGGUGAAGAAUCAAAUUCUUUGUUCUUAUUUAUUUAUGACAAUAUGCGACACUGGAUUAAACUUACUUUUUGCUAAAGCAAAUCAAUGUUAAACAGUUGUGUACUGUUAUUACUCAUGCUGUUUAGACCAGUUCUAUUUUUGACCAGGAAUUUGAUGUUGAAACUUUCUUGUCAAGUGAUGAUAAUUAUUGCUUUUAACGUUAAUGCAAUUUAGAAAGGUUGUCAUGGACAUAAUCCAAGAGAGUAUCACACAACAAUUGAAAACUAAGGCUUUUUUUAAAAAAAAAGAAUAUAUUGUAAAUCAGUAAAGGGAAGUAAUGUUUUAAAUAGUUAACCUAACUUUCUGACAGUUUGCAAUGCUUACUAGAAUAUUUAACUAAAACUUUCCUGACCAGCAAACUGUUUUAAUGUAUAUGUCAAACAAUGCAAUAUAAAAAUUGUGUGCAGUAUUUAUUAAAGCUUUAAUGCUGUGUGUAUGCAGUCUAUAUUCAGUUAUGUAUUAAUUUAAUCAUUUACCUUUAGCCUGCUGUUGGCAAGUGAUUUUGCCAACAGCGAUUUUAGCUGAUAAUGCUCUGCAUUGGUUGCUAUUCAGUCAGUAAAUUUUCCAAUAAAACCCCUUUGCAUAAAAAGUGGUACAGCCAAAAUUUAUGUGAUGGACCAGUCCAUUUGAGAAAUUUAGCAGGGUGAAGGUAAAUGAUGAAAUGCUUUAUAUGGUUUGGAGUUCAGUUCUGCUUCUUAUAAACAUUUUGAAAGGAUCAUUGGAAUUACCAAAAUUAUAAGAAAGAAAAAAAAGACAGUUUAUUCUAAGAUUGAAUAUGAACGUAGCAAGUUGUAUUUAUAUUAUCUAGGGGAUCUCUUUUUAUUUGUUUUGUAGUUUUUAUGUCGGGGGGGAAAUUUUGAUAGCUAACAUUGGGAGUAAAUUUGAUAAACUGAUACUAAUAUACGGUACUUUUUUUUCAACUUUUCUUGGUAGAUGAACUUUCAGUUUCUGUUUAAGAUUGCAAAACUAUUUGAUGUGAUUUGAAGUUGAUUGAAGAAUCUUUGAUAUAUUUCUAACUUUUGUUAAAGUAAUUUUUGUUUUUACUAAUAAACUAGUCACAUUUUCAUCAUGUUUAAUUGGAAAAAGCUCUAGCAUAAUAAAAGCCGGCUGAGGGUAUAUGAAUUUAAAAUUUCAAGGGUUUAAUGCAAUACUGUCAUAUGAACUGAUAUUAAAUACAGAAGGGCUUAUAACAGUUUUGCAUUCAACCCUUGUACUGUAAUACAGUAACUUAAACUAAUUAAAGAAGAGGGAAAUUGAAGUACAGUAGUAUAUAUAUAAGAAAAAUGUCUUGUUUCCUGAGGGAGAGAGGUUUGGGUGGUGGGGCAGUGACCCCAGUCUCAGCAGUCCCUCACUACGGUACCAGUACUUGUCAAGGAAACAAAAGCCCAGUCAACAUAGAUUUAAAGAACUUUCUCCACAAUUCAUGUAAAAUGAUAAAAGUCUAAACUUACAUAAUGAAAGUCUGUGUAUGAGUUAUCCUCUGCAUUGGUUAUACAAUGCUGAGAAGCAUAUUGUUGUAAGUCUGUGAAAAUAGUGGGAUGUUUUGUUGUAAAAUGUGGGAUCUGUCUACGAAAAAUGUGAUAUACAUGUACAUUAUCAUUUAACUUGAACUGUAUAAAAAUGUAUAUUUAAUUCUGUUCACGGUCUACGUCAUAAUGAACUGUUUUAGUAUGUUAAAUGUUUAUAUCUGUUCAUUUAUAUUGAUUUUAUUAGUCAGUUUUAUAAAUCUAAAAGAGAGGGUGUCAUUUUAACUUGUACGGAUGUUUGGCUUGCAUCCUACAAGUUUUAGGCAUUUCUGUUAGUCAAGAGACGUCACAUGUUGACCCAAUAUAUUAUACAUUGUGUUGUGGAAAUUUAUUCAAUCAAAAUGGCUACCACAUCACUAGUGUAUUCUGACUAUUAUUGAAAAACUUUAAAAAUCGAGGGGAGGGUAGUCACCACAUGCCAUUUUGGUAUCCGGACACUGGAUAUUAAUGGAUUUAAGGAAAAGCAUAUUUUCAGUUAUGUUGCAGUUAUCAACAAAUUAUAUAACUGGUAACUAACUUAUGACCGGUAUACAUAUAUAUAAUAAUAUGCAGCUAAAGUAUUACAAUUUAGAUGUUUUUCUUAAUCAAGACACACUUACUGUAAAACUCUUAUAUACCUGUUCAAAAUUUAUGGAUUUACUUGUAGAGAUAGACAGCUUAUUUCCAAGUGUAGGGUUUUUAUAUAUAUUGUAAAUCUUGUACUGUCUGAUAGUAAGAGUGUGAUAAGUUAUUGAUACAGUUAAAGGGCAUUGUUGCUUUUUAGUGAGGAAUAUAACUGUUAAGGUAGUUCUGCAUAUUUGAUAAACUCAAUUCCAUUUUAUAUGCCAACUGGUACUUACCCGGUAGUUUGAAAAAAAAAUCAAGAGUUAAAUCAAAUUCUACAUUGUUAGAAUUAGACUAAGAAUGUGCAGAACUACCUUAAUAUUGAUUUGUUUAUGCUGAUACUACACAAAAAAUAUAUUUCUAGAAUACAAAUUUACACUCAAAAGUAAUUAAACAGAAGUCAGUUAAAUGCACUCCCAGCAUUGCACAUUCUUUUGGGUGCAGAUGAAAAAAUGGCAAAAUCAUGUUUUAUUCAUUAAUGAAAAAGAUUGACAAAAUUUUGUUUUAAAUAAAACUGUUUGGCAAAAUAAACAUAACAAAAAAAAAUAAACUUCAGUUCUAGAGAAAUCAAGUUAAUUAUUCUUUAGGCUUACUGUACGUACAAAGGUAACGUUGAAGGAUAAUGUUCUAUUUCGUUAUGUAUUGAUGAAUAUUUCAAAUUCUCAGAAAAAUUUCGCAGUAAUACACAUACUUGCUUUACAAGUAUGUGAAACAAUGUGCAUUUCGUCUGUAUAACGGUAGUUACAAAAUGAAAAUAGAGAAUUUUCUAUAAAAUAAUUUUGAACUUCUCUUGAAUACUAAGAACAAUUUACUUUAUGUAUGCUGAAUUUGGAAUGUCAAAAAGGUGUAAGAUAUCAAAAUAUAUCCAUUUCCAUCAUACAUUUCAAUUUAUAUUUUUGUAUUUCUAUAAUCCUUCACAUUUUAUUUUCCUCCAUUCGAGAUACAUUUUACAGAUGUGUAAACAAUAGAUUUUUAUAGGUAAACUUGAUGUUAAUAAAUGAAUUUUAGCAGGUAAAAUCAACGUCACUAAAGUUUGGAACAUUCUUUGUUUCAAUAUUUUUUUUGGAAUGAUAAAAAUACUCCUUUGUGUCCCAAACUUCAGGUAAAAUACAGUAUGUCAUAAAUGCAAUCAAGUGUUACACAAAGAUUAAUUAAAGAUCCAACUUUUUAACAAAAACUGUUUAUGUGCCAUAGAAAAGACAUAUUGGUCUUUAGCAGUUUUACACCUACCGGUAAUCAUUCUGACAUUUAAACCGGCAUCUUUAUUCCGAAUUUUGAUAUUAGAAAAUCUGCUCCGUCCAUUUUAGUGCUGUACCUUUUUGUCUGUAUUGGUCUACAUUCUUUGUAGACUUGUUUUAGAAAUGAUGUUUUUGAGAAUUUCUUUAGAGUUUGAAUUUUGUUGGUCAAGUCAUUGACUCGCAGUCGCUUGUUCCCUUAAACAGUGGGUUUAAAACUCACUGAAAAUCGUGAGAAUGCUAGUGACUGUAGCCUGUAGAUGGUUAACAAAUACUAAAAUGUUGGUAUUUUUUAUAAAAAUUUGUUGGGAGUUGUGUAAAUUUCACACUUUUCUAGAAGUUGUCUGCCUAAUACUCUGUAAGUACUGUUAAUUAUUACCUUCCAAAGUAGUGUGAUAUCUUACUGUUACCAUUAACAUUCUUUUCAAUGUGUUAGAUGUUUUUGUACAGAAAAACAUGGAAAAUAAUAAUGGUGAAAACUUGUGAAAAAUCAGUUAUUGAUAAAGUUAUCCAAUUUACAACAUGGUUAUUAAGACUAUAUUUGAGCCGCGCCAUGGGAAAACCAACAUAGUGGGUAUGCGACCAGCAUGGAUCCAGACCAGCCUGCGCAUCCGCGCAGUCUGGUCAGGAUCCAUGCUGUUCGCUUUCAAAGUCUAUUGCCAUUAGAGAAACUGUUAGCGAACAGCAUGGAUCCUGACCAGACUGCGCGGAUGCGCAGGCUGGUCUGGAUCCAUGCAGGUCGCAAAACCACUAUGUUGAUUUUUCCAUGGCACGGCUCAUUUAUAGUCCUUUCCAUUGAUCUAAGAAAAAAUUGUAUUUACUCCUAAGCAGAGCCAAAAACACAUACUGAUCUCAAGUAGUGGCAUCAUGACAAUUUGACAUCAUAACAUUGGCCUUGUGAUACACAAUUUAAGACCAAAUCACUGGAAGCUGACCAGAUGCUGCAAAUGUUUGGAAUUUUACCAUAAAAGUGACCUUUGAAUUGUUGGAUUUUAUGAUAAAACAGUUGUUGCCUUUUAGUUUUGGUCAGUAUGAAGAUUUGGAAAAGUGAUAUCGACCUUUGACUAAAUCAUUGGUCAGCAUCAAUUUUUGCAGGUUGUUUAAUCGUCAUACUGCCCUCGGUAAAAGGCAGGGAUUGUGUAAUACUACCAAGAAAAUGUGAUCAAAGUUACUGAGAAAAUAUUGCAGAAAAAUUGGUUAUACCAUCUUGUAGAUAACAAUUUGGGUUUGUACAUUACUGACUGUUGGACAUUAAAUGAAUAGUUAUGAUCCUUUGCUUGCAUACUUAUUAACAGAUAUCUAAAAUGUUGUUUUUCAAGUAUGACAUUUCUCUUAAAGAGACACUUGCUUUUGUGCUACCUGCAGUGUAAACACAGCUAAGUUUUCUUGGUUGCUAAACAUACUUCUGAUGUCACAAGUGUAACGUAAUUUGCGGCAGCGGAGCUGUAGUGCUGUACAGACAAUUGGUUCAACAACUUAGUUAAUGAUUAGGCUACAGAUAUAUGAAAGCUGUGGUAUAUAUUGUAUGGUUUUAACUUUUCCAAAGAAUAAAUUGUGAGAUUUUGCAAUUGAAUAGAACUUAUUGUUAAGAUUUUUCAAUUAAAUCAUACAUUUGACAAAAAGAAUUGUACACUUUUGUCAAAAAAAAAAAUAUUUUUUGAAUACAAUUGGAGAUGUGCCCCUAUUAAAGCCAAAGCCGCAGAGAGUAAACUUCUCAUGUGUAAUAUUGGUUGCUGAAAAAUAGCAGUAGUUAACUACGAGGGUUAUAGCACUUUGUUGUUGUAUAUUUGGUCCAGAAGCUUCAUGUAAAUUUGUUGCAUAUUUGAGCCGUGCCACGAGAAAACCAACAUAGUGGCUUUGCGACCAGCAUCGAUGCUGUUCGCUUUCAAAGCCCAUUGCAAUUAGAGAAACAGUUAGCGAACAGCAUGGAUCCUGACCAGACUGUGGGGAUGCGCAGGCUGGUCUGGAUCCAUGCUGGUUGCAAAGCCACAAUGUUCGUUUUCCUAUGGUGCGGCUCAUGUAAAUUUGUUGCAUAUUUUUAUAUUAAUAUGACCAGACUUAGCACUGGUUAGUGUAUACAAUUAUUUAUAUACAUAUAUAUUCACAUUUGUUUAUCAUUCUUGUUUUUUCUUGUUUGUGAAAUGUAUUUUCUGCUGUAAAAUUUUCUUUGCCUGUGAAAAUUGUCAAGUCCAAAGUUUCAAGAGAGCUGGAAAUUUUCAGGAGAAAUCCAAGACGCAUGUUUCAACAGUUUUGUGUUACCUUUUUGCUAGAAAUUUUCGAAGGCAAAGCAGUUUUAAGCAGACAGUAUUUUCAUAAACUACAGGUGUAUUUUCAAAACUGAACUAAAUAAAAAUAAAUUUCUUUAAUAA